AUGGAAAACUCAAGCAUUUUCUUACAAAACAAUUUCACUUCAAGCUCAGAUAACCUUCAUCUAUCAACACCCUCCACAAACAACAACAUUCUUCCUGCUCCAGCACCUCCUCCUCCUCCCGCCGCCGCCGCCGCCGCACCCACUCCUGCUUUCAACAAACUUCACAGCAACAGCGAUACAAACAUGAAAUUGGCCUCAACAGAUGAAAGGACCUCGCCAUUAUACCUUUCUGCCGUCUUGCAAAAUUUAUCCUUAAACAACUCCACACAACAAAUUAACAUCAAUGAAACUAGAGCCAUCCAUAAAGGCCCCUACCUGAUAAAACUAAAAAAUUUGCCCAACGAUAUAUCCCUAAGAGAAGCUCAUGCCAUCUUCGCCCUGGCUAAAGAUCUAGUCACCGUCGAACUCAUACACGAAGAACAUGGAGGUGGUGGCAAUUUCGAAAACAACUUAAACUCCGCAACUCAAAAUACAAUCUCCCCAAACAUUUCCAAUGAAAACAUUCAAAAACAUGAAUUGGAAACCGUUAUCGUGGCCAAAUUCAUCAACUUGCAACGUGCUUUGCAAUACUCCUCAAUCUUGAACUCCAAAACAGAACUUUUUGGUUCCGAUUUCCCCUUCAAAUCUUACGUCGAGUUAAUCGACGAAAAUACUAAACAACAGAUGUUGAUCCCACAAGAUACAAACCAAUUGAGACCGGAUUAUAUCACCUCUUCCGCCCUACAGAAUAUCGACCACCACAGGUCGGCCUCCAUAACCCCUUCAAACCAAUUGACUCACACUUCCAAAAGACCAAGCAUAUUACCAACAAAGUCAAGAUUCUCCUUUAGUGAUCCUUUCACAACAGAUCAAUCUCCUCAACAAUCAAUGGCAAACAUCUUGGCUUCAAGUGUGCCCCCACAACUACUUCAUUCAACAAACCAUUCCACUCAUGAUUUAUCAACUACCAUAACAAACAACAACAACAACAACAACAACAACAACAACAACAACACCACCACCACGUCCAAUCAUUCUCCUCCAAAUAAUAAUGAUCCAACAAUAGAUUCAAUCCAAAACGAUAAUAAUCAAAACAAUUUGGAUUCCACUCUACAACAAUCAGAUGCUGGUAAAUCAUUCCUAUUGAUGGAAAAUGAUGAUAUUAAUGAUAGUAUUUGGGGUGCUAAGAAUUUGCCUUCCAUCAUGAAUAGUUUCACUAAUGGAACUCCUCAACCUUCUACUCCAGGCUUGGAAUGGAAUUCAAAUGAUAGACAAACUUCUUCUUUCUUCUUACCUUCCAAUUCAAAUUUGACUUCUUCUCAUACAAUGGAUAUCACUUCAAAUAUGGUAAACCAAAAUAACAUCCUUCAAGUUUCAACUCCUCAUGGUAUUGUUUCUGCAACUACCCCAAUCAAUUCUUUUAACCCAUUGACUCAACAGAUUCAACAAUUAUCACCAUCUGCCCCACAACCAAUAAUACCGAGAGCAACUGCAGAAAUGGGUAAUCCAAAUAGAUCAACUUUCAAUUCUCAACAGAAUAAUUUAUCUCAAAAUGGAACUCCUCAGAAAUUACAUCAAAAUAGAUCUUCUAUUUCAAAUCAAAAAAAUUCAAAUUCAAAUUCAAAUACAAACACAAAUACAAACACAAUUCAAAUUAAAAAUAUUUCUACAAAUAACUUGUCAAAUACAAACCUUUCAAAUCAAAAUAAUACACCAACACAAACUCCAACUACCACCACUUCUGCAACUACUACUACUACUACUACAAUCUCUCAAGCUGAUUUAUCUUUACUUGCUAAAGUUCCUCCUCCUGCAAACCCAGCUGAUCAAAAUCCUCCUUGUAAUACUUUAUACGUGGGUAAUUUACCACCAGAUGCUACUGAACAAGAAUUAAGACAACUAUUUUCAACUCAAGAUGGGUUUAGAAGGUUAUCUUUUAGAAAUAAAAAUAAUAACGGGAAUGGUCAUGGUCCAAUGUGUUUUGUAGAAUUCGAAGAUGUCAGUUAUGCAACAAGAGCUUUGGCCGAAUUAUACGGUAGUCAACUACAAAGAACUACUGCAACAAACAAAGGUGGUAUUAGAUUAAGUUUUUCAAAAAAUCCUUUGGGUGUAAGAGGUCCAAAUAGUAGAAGAACAGGUCCAAACUCAAAUAAUAAUUCGGUAAUGAUUAAUAAUCCAAACAUUGCUGCUUCCACUUAUUUCUCAGCAACUUACAAUAAAAAUUGA